CACAGUGAAGCUGUCCAGAGUCGCAGCAGACAGGCUCUACACCUCCCAUCUCUCCGUGUGUUGUCAGGCGCUGCACUGUCGUCGUUCCCCCGCCCUGCCGGCCGGCUCCCGGUGGCUGAGAGGAUGUUCGAGCGGAGGAGCGAAUGACAGGCUUCUGGUUGCGGUUAUGGCCCAGCGACGACGUUACGGCCGCCUGGCGAGCGAGUGAAAACGGCGGCAGGCCCCCCUCUUCGCCCCUUCUCUUUCCUUUUUCCUUUUCUUUGUGGUCAGGAACGCCAAACCAUGUUGCUCUGACUUGUGAGCUGAGCCAGCGAGGAGGAGGAGGAGGAAGUGGAAGGAGGGCGAGGGCGGCGGCAUCGGCUGGAAUCGGCCACACAUCCCUGGAGGCGUCCGGCAGCCGGCCAUGGGGAACACGGCCACCAAGUUCCGCAAGGCGCUGGUGGGCGGCGACGAGGCGCUGGCCUGGCAGCUUUACGAGGGCAACCCCCAGUUCAGGGACGGCCUCGACCCCAACGCAUCGUACGGCGAGCAGUACCAGCACAACACGCCGCUGCACUACGUCUGCCGCCACGCCAUGACACGCCUGCUCAGGUCCUUCUUGUUUAGCAAAGAGGGGAAUCCCAACAAGCGCAACGUGCACAAUGAGACGUGCCUCCACGUGCUGUGCCAGGGCCCGCUCAUCCUCUUGCUGCCAGAGGGGGCGCUGUCACCGCGGCUGGCCCGCCCCCAGAGGGACGAGCAGCGGCGUGCGGACUGCCUGCAGAUGAUCCUGAGCUGGACGGGGGCAAGGUUGGAGGGCGGCCAGUACGAGAAGGCCAACGUCAACGCCACCGACAACCAUCACAGCACCUGCCUGCACCACGCCGCCGCUGCAGGCAUGAAGAGCUGCGUGGAGCUGCUCAUCCAAAGCGAGGCGGACCUCUUCAUCGAGGACGAUGACAAGCUGACGCCAUGCGACCACGCCGAGCGCCAUCACCACACCGAGCUGGCCCUCAGCCUGGAGUCCCAGAUGGUUUUCUCCUCCUCGCCGGCGCCGCACUCUAACGCGGACGCGCGCGGUGACAUCAAGCUGCUGCAACACAAAGAGCCUUACGAGGGCUUGAAGCUGCAGGACCUUCGCAGGCUGAAGGACAUGCUGAUUGUGGAGACGGCAGACAUGCUGCAAGCGCCGCUCUUUACGGCCGAGGCCUUGCUCAGAGCGCACGACUGGGACAGAGAGAAGCUCCUGGAGGCCUGGAUGUCGGACGCCGAGGGCUGCUGCCAGCGCUCGGGCGUCGCCAUGCCCACCCCACCCCCCAGCGGCUACAACGCCUGGGACACCCUGCCGUCGCCCCGCACCCCCCGGACGCCUCGCUCGCCGCUCACACUCACCUUCACCUCCCCGACGGACAGCUGCCUCACGCCGGGGGAGGAGGGCCUGGCCACGUGUGGAAUCUGUCUGUCCUCCAUCUCCGUCUUUGAGGACCCUGUGGACAUGUCCUGCGGCCACGAGUUCUGCAGAGCAUGCUGGGAAGGGUUCCUCAACGUCAAGAUUCAGGAGGGCGACGCCCACAACAUCUUCUGCCCAGCCUACGAGUGCUACCAGCUGGUGCCCGUGCACGUGAUUGAGAGCGUGGUCUCCAGAGAGAUGGACCAGCGCUACUUACAGUUUGACAUCAAGGCCUUUGUGGAGAACAACCCGGCCAUCCGCUGGUGUCCCGCGGCGCGCUGCGAGAGGGCGGUGCGGCUCACCCGACCCGGCCCCGGAGAAAGCGACCCGCACAGCUUCCCGCUGCUGCCCUCACCAGCCGUGGACUGUGGCAAGGGUCACCUCUUUUGCUGGGAGUGCCUUGGCGAGGCCCACGAGCCAUGUGACUGUCACAUGUGGAGGAACUGGCUCCAGAAGGUCACCGAGAUGAAGCCGGAAGAACUGGCAGGUGUGAGCGAGGCCUACGAGGACGCGGCUAACUGUCUCUGGCUGCUGACCAACUCAAAGCCGUGUGCCAACUGCAAGUCCCCCAUUCAGAAGAACGAGGGCUGCAACCACAUGCAGUGUGCCAAGUGCAAGUACGACUUCUGCUGGAUCUGCUUGGAGGAGUGGAAGAAGCACAGCUCGUCGACGGGAGGCUACUACCGCUGCACUCGCUACGAGGUCAUCCAGCAGUUGGAGGAGCAGUCCAAAGAGAUGACUGUGGAGGCGGAAAAGAAGCACAAAAGCUUCCAGGAGUUGGAUCGCUUCAUGCACUACUACACCAGAUUCAAGAACCAUGAACACAGCUACAAGGUGGCGCUAUUGCUGGAGCAGAAACUGCUAAAGACUGCCAAGGAGAAGAUGGAGCAGCUGAGCAGAGCCUUCAUCACCCGUGAGGGCGCUCCGCCCGACACGCGCUUCAUUGAGGACGGCGUGAGCGAGCUGCUGAAGACGCGGCGCGUGCUGAAGUGCUCGUACCCGUACGGCUUCUUCUUGCAGCAGGGCAGCACCCAGAAGGAAAUAUUUGAGCUCAUGCAGACCGACCUGGAGAUGGUGGUGGAGGAUCUGGCGCAGAAGGUCAACCGCUCCUACCUGAGGACGCCGUGCCACAAGAUAGUCAGCGCCGCUCGUCUGGUCCAGCAGAAGAGGCAGGAGUUCUUGGCGUCGGUGGCACGCGGCGUGGCGCCCAACGACUCCCCCGAGCUUCCUCGCAGGAGCUAUCCUGGAGGAUCCUGGGAUUGGGAAUACUUGGGCUUCGCUUCACCUGAGAUGGGGAGUCGUCACUCUGUAGUAGGAGCAGGAGACCAAAGAGAUAGAUCAUCACAGGACUUUGCCGACAUUCAGUACCGCCGACGGCACCGAGCGCGGCGCCGGGGAGACGUGUUGAAUCUGCACAACCUCCGGAGCAGCAGCAACACGCCGGAGAGCAGCAGGCGGAGUGACAACGACACAGAAGGUCCAGAGAGGAGCGAAGCCCGCAGGAGAGCGCUGGGCUCCCUGGAUGAAGACGACCCUAACUUCCUGCUGGCAAUCCAGCUGUCCCUGCAGGAGUCGCGCCGAGAGCGGGGCCUGGAGGCGGGCCCAGAGGAGAGGGCGGAGCUGGAGCGAAGUCUGCAGAGGGGGGGCCCCGGUUCCGCGGGGGACCCGGAUGACGUGACUCUGCACUCCUUCAACAGUGAUGCCCCACUGGGUGGGGCGAGAGGCCCUUCCUUUCCCCCGGCCCUCUUAAAUCCUCCACGCCCCCCCAGCAGGACAGACUCCACCCCUCAGCCCCCGCUGCCAUCUACCUCCCUGCCCCUCCCUCCUCCGCCUCCCCCGCUCAGCGCCGAGCUGCUGAAGCUGGGAGACAGCCUUAAGAAACCCGGCGCCGCACCUUACGAGCCUCGCGGCCACGCCCACGGUGCUCCCUACUGCCCCCCACAGGCCGCCCACGGCGACUGCAGCCAUAGACCAGACCUGCCGAGCGAGCGCGUGGCCACGGCGGACCCUCAGAGUUACUGCCACACAAGCACACUCCCGCCUGAGGCUGAACACACUGCCUGCGGUGCACUGGGCCGCACCCAAAACAAAAUUGCCGCUAGCUCACACAAAGGUGAGCACCCCACCGCCGGAGCAGACAGCUCUCAAGGCCUGGAACGCCCCCCCGCCCAGUUGUGCCUCCCUUCUCCAGAGCUGGAGCCAGAGCUGCUGCUGCUUUCGCCUGUCAUCCCCCCGGGGGGCCCCUUCACCCCCAGCGACCCUCAGAGUCUGGAGCCCCUGGACCCCACAGCCAGCGCCCAGCUGCUGGACAACAUCAUGGCCUGGUUUAACCACAACAUCACCCCCCAGAACAAUCCCCAGAGCCUGACUCUCAUCCCCUCACCGCCCACCACCGAGACCGACUCCUCCCCGGACGACACGCUCACUGAGCCCUCCGGGGGCGUGACCCCCGCCCUCACCUGGCAGCCCCCGGAGGGCGAGCCUCACGCAUCCUCGGCGGACUCCUGCCUCAGCAGGCCAAGCACGCUGGAGCUGGAUGGCACGGCGGCCGGCCGAGAGGCGGAGGAGGACGAGAAUGAGGCGGGGGACGAGUGUGUGGCGGGAAUGUCGCAGCAACACCGAGACGGUCCCGCACACUCGGCGCCGGCCUCAGACAAAGACUCGGACCUCCUUUUGGAGGAGGAGCCAUCGCCUGUGGAGUGGGAGGAGAAAGUCCACUUGGUGUGACAGAAAGAUGCAGAAAAGAUGUUUACUGUGCGUCAUCAUCACGUCUUUCCUACUUUUCACUUUCUUUUCAUGCAAAGCCACUGAUAUUAGUACAGCAAACACUUUUACUUUUUAUUUAUUCCACUCAUCACCUGCCUCAAGCUAUGUCCACACCACAGAUAUUUUUAAAAAGAAUUCUAAUUAUUAAUGCUACGAUUCUUUCAGUACAUUCAAUUACAAGUGAAUGCUGACAGCGAGGCCUUCUGGACCCUUCAAAAUAAAAUUACACUUUAUACCCGAGGUCCCAAAACGGUUCUUCUCAGAGAAACGUCACAUCUACAUUUUUAUUUCACUUUCAGUUUUUACACUGUCCUGUUUGUUUAUGCCCUUUUUGUGACUUUUUUUUUUUCAAUGGAGAAAACACAAAAUAUUUACUUCUUUUAUUUAUUAUUUUUGGAGAUGAUAAGAGUUUAUUUCAGAAAAAAAUUGCACAUUUUACUCUCAGGUCCCAAAAUGAACCCUCAUAAAAAGCUUCACAAACGUUUAUACAAUUAAAGAAUAUAAUUUUUUCCCAUAAAAAUGCAUUUUUAUUUCACUUUCACAUUUUUGGAGAUAAUUACAGUCUAUCCCCACCACCACGACCACAAAAUAAACAUUUUACCCUCUGAGCACUUUCAUAAAAAGUUUCAAAAACAUUUAGAUAAUUAAAUAUCUUUUUUCCCAUAAAAAAGUAACACACUGGCUUUUUGCCUUUUUUCUUCAAUAGUCACAUGCUCGUUUUGUUUUGUCAAAGCUCCCUGAUUUUUUUUUUUUUUACUUUUAUGGGCAAAUCACAAGAUGUUUAGUUUUAAUUUUAUUUUUAUCAUUUGAGCCCUGAUUUUAGUGCAUUGUUAUUUUUUAAGAUAAUGAGAGUUUAUUCUCCCCCCCCCCAAAAAAAAAAAACCUAGCACAUUUUACCCUCAGGUCGCAAAAUAACCCCUCUCAAAAAG